AUGUCCUUUGAGUGCCAGCAGUACGGCAAGCGUUUUAGCCAAGCAGGACACCUAAGGACUCAUGAAACAGUCCACACUGGGGAAAAGCCUUUUGAAUGUAAACAGUGUGGCAAGUGUUUUAGUCAAGCAGGAAACCUAAGGAAUCAUGAAAGAGUUCACACUGGGGAAAAGCCUUUCGAAUGUAGAGAGUGUGGCAAGUGCUUUAGCGUAGCAGGACACUUAACUUGUCAUAAGAGAGUUCAUACUGGGGAGAAGCCUUUUGAAUGUAAACAGUGUGGCAAGUGUUUUAGUCAAGUAGGAAACCUAAGGCAUCAUGAAAGAGUUCACACUGGGUAAAAGCCUUACAAGUGUAAACAGUGUGGCAAGUGUUUUAGUUGAGCAGGAGACCUAACGAGUCAUGGAAGAGUUCACACUGGGGAAAAGCCUUAUGAAUGUAAACAGUGUGGCAAAUGUUUUAGUCAACCGGGAACCCUAAAGAUUCAUGGAAGACUUCACACUGGGGAAAAGCCUUAUGAGUGCAAACAGUGUGGCAAGUGUUUUAAUGAAGUAGGAAACCUAAGGAAACAUGAAAGACUUCACACUGGACAAAAGCCUUAUGAAUGUAAACAGUGUGGCAAAUGUUUUAGUCAAGCAAGAGGCCUAAAGAUUCAUGGAAGAGUUCAUACUGGGGAAAAGCCUUAUGAAUGUAAACAGUGUGGCAAAUGUUUUACUCAGACAGGGAGCCUAAAGAGUCAUGGAAGACUUCACACUGGGGAAAAGCCUUAUGAGUGCAAACAGUGUGGCAAGUGUUUUAAUGAAGUAGGACACCUAAGGGGUCAUGAAAGAGUUCACACUGGGGAAAAGCCUUAUGAAUGUAAACAGUGUGGCAAAUGUUUUAGUCACACAGGGAGCCUAAAGAUUCAUGGAAGACUUCACACUGGGGAAAAGCCUUAUGAGUGCAAACAGUGUGGCAAGUGUUUUAAUGAAGUAGGAAACCUAAGGUUUCAUGAAAGAGUUCACACUGGGGAAAAGCCUUACGAAUGUAAACAGUGUGGAAAGUGUUUUAGCAGAUCAUACCUACUAAGGCGUCAUGAAAGAGUUCACAGUGGGGAAAAGCCUUACAAAUGUAAGCAGUGUGGGAAGUGUUUUAGACUCGCAGGACGCCUAAGGAUUCAUGAAAGAGUUCACACUGGGAAAAAGCCUUACGAAUGUAAGCAGUGUGGCAAGUGUUUUAGUCAAGCAGGACACCUUACUGGACAUAAAAGAGUUCACACUGGGGAAAAGCCUUAUGAAUGUAAACAGUGUGGCAAGUGCUUUAGUGUGGCAGGAAACCUAAGGACUCAUGAAAGAGUUCACACUGGGGAAAAGCCUUUCGAAUGUAAACACUGUAGCAAGUGUUUUAGCCAACUAACUAACCUGAGGAACCAUGAAAGAAUCCACACUCUAUUAAAGGCGCGUAAAUUUUCCAAGAAGAACAAAAGUCUGUCUAAACGUUUGGAAUCAUGUAAACGGAGUAGAACAGGAGGAAAAAACGUUAACUUUAGGGCCACAGACUUUACAAACAACCUGCGAACAUACAGAGAGACUGGAAACAGUGGCGUAGUAGACCCACAGUCAGUCAUUAAUGAGAAACACAGCUGUUGGAUUUGUCAAGAGGAGAUGAGUAGUGAGGCUCUUCUUCUUCAACACUAUGAACAUCAUAUGACCUAUGUUUGUGAAGACGAUUCAUAA